AUCAAUAAAACAAACCCCAUUAGUGGGUGCAUGCAUAUCGAUCUUUUCAAAUUGGAUUCAAUUCAGGUUGCAUCCAUAGCACAGUCCCAAGAAAAUGGGUUUGCAUAGAGGGAAAUUUGCGUUCCUGGUUCUGCUGGGAGUCCUGUUGUUAUCCGUGCAGCUAAUCGAAAGUAAAUCGACCAUGGAGCAGAUGGCCAAAGCGAGCGAAAUGAUGCGUGGCGUGUGUAUUGGAAAGACGAAAGCCCCCAUGGAUCUGGUCGAUGGUUUGGGGCGAGGAGAAUUUGGCGAGAAUAAGGACCUCAAAUGUUACGCCAACUGUGUGCUGGAAAUGAUGCAGGCGAUGCGCAAAGGUAAGGUGAAUGCCGAUGGUGCCAUCAAGCAGGUAGACCUACUCAUCCCGGUAGAAAUAGGAGAACCUACCAAAAAGGCAUUCGAUAUUUGCCGAAAUUCAGCGGACGGUAUCAAGAACAACUGUGAAGCAGCUUGGGCGCUGGUCAAGUGUUUGCAUCAGAACAAUCCCAAGUAUUUCUUUGCUUGAACGCAAACACAUAAGGUUUUCCUGCUGCUGUUGUAUUUAUAUUGGUGGUCCCAAUAUUAUUGUUUAGUUAAUUUAAUAGGUACCUAUUAUAGUUUUAGUGAUAUAUAAAUAAAUUGCAAGCAUGAAUAAAGCAUGAAUAAAACAUC